AUGGCAAGAGGGGAGGCGCUCAGGGCAGCCAAGCUGAGGGUGUGGUCCGAACCAGGGCUCCACCUCAUCGUCACGAGUCGUGAUGAGGUUGAUAUCCGUGACGAGCUCCAACCUACACAUGCUGAGGAUAUAUCACUGCGAAACGAGGAUAUCGGCCGAGAUAUCUCAACUUUUAUCUCUGACCAUCUCAGAAACACAAGAAGGCUUCAUAGGUGGAAGAGCUUCCAUGAUCGCAUUGCGCAAGGGCUUAUUGAGCGUGCAGAUGGCGUCUUUCGAUGGGUCGAAUGCCAGUUCACCUCGCUCGAAAACUGCCCUCGCAGCGAAGCUCACCUUGAGGAUUUGCUCACUUCUCUGCCGCGAUCUCUGGACGAAACAUACGAACGGAUGCUCUUGAAUAUCGAUGAGGGUUCUGCCGAAUAUGCUCGACGGACAUUGACGUUCCUGUGCUGCGCCAAGGAACCGUUGGCCGUUGCUGAAGUCAUAGAAGCAAUGGCUGUAGAAUUAGGAGACAUCCCCAGACUCAACACGAAACGAAGACUACACGACCAAGAUGACCUCCACCAAGUCUGUCCAGGACUCAUCGAGGUGGUUGUAAAUCCUGACGCCAAGGAGCUCUCGACGGUACGAAUCGCCCAUUUUUCGGUCCAAGAAUAUCUAGAGUCGGAGAGAAUCCGCCAACAGAGAGUGGCAAUGUUCCACGUGGAAACAGAGAAAGCCAAUGCAGAAAUUGCGAGCCUCUGUCUGGCCUACCUGCUGGAACCGGAGUGCGAUACUGGCACCGGCAUUAUGACGAAAAUUUCCAAACUACGCACUUGCCUGAUCUUGCAAAAAGGUUAUUUCGAGACCAUAAUGGAGCGCUCAGGAACUGGAUCGAGGAAUGGAACAGCCCGAUCCUGGCUCAACCUAGCAUACAGUCUCCAUCUCCUUUCUCGCAGCCCGACCCUUGUGGACAGCAAACAUAAUAAAAGGCUCGGAGGAACUAUUUCAGUUGCAGUAUCAGGAGGCAAGGAGGCGGUCGUACGUUUGCUGUUAGAUAACGGUGCUGAUGUCAACUCUGAAAGAAGUUGGUUUCGGCCUCUUACAACUGCAGCAGAACGGGGUAAUGAAGCGAUGGUACGUUUGCUAUUGGAUAACGGUGCUGAUGUCAACCCUGGAGGAACAACAACCUCGCCUCUUUCAGCUGCAGCAGGCGAUGGCCAUGAAGCGGUCGUACGUCUGCUACUUGAGAAUGGCGCUUUCGUGAACACCCGGUGUGAGUCCAGGUAUGGGUCGACGGCUCUUAUAGCUGCCGCCCGGUCUGGCAAUGCCGCAACCGUACGCCUGCUAUUGGACAACGGUGCUGGUGAUCAAGCGAAUCGCGAAGAUCUAGUAUUUGCUCUAGAGAAUGCAGUCGAAAUGGGGAGCGAAGACGUCGUACGUUUGCUGCUCGAGAAUGGCGCUGAUGUCGACGACGACGCCAACCGCGCAAUUGUUCGGCUAGCUUUGAGGACCGCGAAGCACGGAAUCGCGAAGCUGAUAUUGGAACAUGGAGCGAUGCAACAAAGUGGAGGAGGAUAG